AGCAGGUUCGCACAGAGCAGUCAAUCAUCGUCUUACCCGUCCCAUUCGCCCAGCUUCUGAAUAGAAGAAGCAUCUGCGAACCGGUACCUUUCAAAUGGCUCUCAAUCCUCUGACCCAGCUCGGCGCAUUCCUCACUCCUCCCCCAGUUAACCUGUCUCCGGAUUACGAUGGUCUUGAGUUCAGAUGGAAGAUGUUCAGCUUCAGGCCUGCUCUGUUCAAGAAUGAGCUCUAUUUCUUGGCUGCGGUCUUGUUCUAUGUUGCGUUCUACUUCAUCGGCAAGAGGAUAAACGAGAAACGCGCCAACGGCUGGUUUGACUCGCAUCUCGUCUUCUUUGGAACCCAGUUCUCCAAACCUGUCCAACCAGGCGGUUUAACCCAAGAUGGAAAUUCCGACUUCUUCGCCUUCUCCACUGGCCGACGCGGCGUCCGUUCGCUACACACGACUUUCACCCUUCGUCCACGUCACGAUCUCUUCCAAUGGGUCUAUCAGUUCGUCUGGGGAUUCGUCCAGCUAGAUUACAAAGUCGGCGAUGAAGUCGAAUUGGAUUUCACUCUUCGCGAGAGUGCGAACAUACCUGAAUGUGUUUGGGCCGUCGUGUCGAAGGAUGAGUUGAAGACUAUCAAGAACAAACGUUGGGAUCUAAACCUCACGAAAACGACUGAGAACCCCAACUUGCCGCCUUCGCUCUCAGUCAUGUCUGAAUUCGCCGAUCUCACGGACACCCUCUUCAAAACUCACGGUCCCCUCUCCCUCCCAACAAUCCUCUCAAAUCCCGCCAUCCAACCCUACUUUCGCUCCCUCUCCAUAACCGACCAACCCCGAACCCGUCCCCAAGUCCCAAUUCCCCCUUCCCAAAAAUCCAAACACGUCAUCCUACACCUCACAGUCCCACCACCAUCCGCUUCCUCACUCACCCUCCCUCUCGUAACCGCAGUCUUCCAACUCAUCGACGUCAUCUCCGCAGAAGGCGGGUGGGGAAUCGGUAAAGGUCCUUCAACGGGAAAGAAUGGUAUUGGGUUGAAUCCCGGCUUGAGACCUGAGACGAGGACGAAGUUGAGAAAAGCCAGAGAAGAGGUGGAUAAGCAGUUAAAGGAGGAGUCUGAGAAGGAGAAGAAGGAAGAGGCUGCAGAGGAGAAAACUGCUGCUAAGAAGAAGGCUGAAGAGGAGAGGGUGUCUAAGCUUAGUGCUGCUGAACAGAAAAAGGCACUUGAACGGGAGAAGAAACGUGCCAUCCGUAAAACUCAGGGCAAGACAAAGAUGCGAUAAUCGAGCUAUUAAGCUAUCAUUGCUUGUAUAUUGCUGGGAGGUGGGGAUACGAAUAAUUUAGUUACAUCUACAUGUACAUUUUGCUUUAGUGCAUUGCUGUUGUUGUCCAUCAUCCGUCCGGUGAAAUAUAUAGUACACUACGAUACCC